CUGUGGCUUCCGAGGCUGCUGUGGCCAUGGGGCUCCUGGAGCCAGCAGGGGCGAGGGAGCCUAGUGGCUCUGAUCUCCCCUGCCGGCGUGGGAGGUCCAGCCAUGCCGCUCUUGAAGGAUGCUGUGCCCCUCAUGAAGGAGCCCCAUCCCCCGCCUCAGGCUCCUCUUCCAUGGAUCCUCCCCAGCCUGUUUGCCGCCUUCAAUGUCGUGCUGCUGGUGGUUUUCAGUGGCCUCUUCUUCGCAUUCCCUUGCAGGUGGCUGGCCCAGAACGGGGAGUGGGCCUUUCCCCUCGUCACAGGCCUCCUCUGUGUCCUCACCAUCUUCAGUCUGGUUUCACUCAAUUUCUCAGACCCCGGCAUCUUGCAUCAAGGCUCCAACGAACAGGGUCCCAUGAUGGUGCAGGUGGUGUGGGUGAACCACAGGGCCUUCCGCCUGCAGUGGUGCCAAAAGUGCUGCUUCCACCGCCCGCCCCGGACCUACCACUGUCCUUGGUGCAACAUCUGUGUAGAAGACUUUGACCACCACUGCAAAUGGGUCAAUAACUGCAUUGGUCACCGCAACUUCCGCUUCUUCAUGCUGCUGGUCCUGUCCUUAUUUCUCUACUCGGGUGCCAUGCUGGUGACCUGCCUGAUCUUCCUGGUGCGCACGACCCACCUGCCCUUCACCAUGGACAAAGCCAUCGCCAUCUUGGUGGCUGUACCCGCCGUCGGCUUCCUGGUGCCGCUUUUCCUGCUGCUGCUGAUCCAGGCCAAGUCGGUGAGCGCGGCCGAGCGCUCCUACGAGGGCAAGUGCCGAUACCUGCAGGGAUACAACCCCUUUGACCACGGCUGUGCCAGCAACUGGUAUUUAACAAUUUGUGCACCGCUGGGACCCAAGUACAUGGCCAAAGCUGUCUGGCUACAGAGAAUGGUGGGGUCUGACUGGGCGCCCAUGCAGAACCUUCACUUCCCAAUGUGCACCUCGGUGCUCAGUCCCCCAGCCAACCCAGGGCCUGUGCCUGGCCCCCAACUCCAACCUCUGAGUCUCUACAAACCAGGGAAGGUUCCCCCAGGGAGUGGUGAGGCUCCAUCCCUCCAGGAGCUCCAUCCAGGCCCAGUGCUGUCCUUGUUGCGGGACUGCCCCAGACGAGGCUCUGUCUGCCGCUCGCCCCCUCAUACCCGGCGGUGCCAGGAGCCCUUGCACCUGAACCUCAUCUCUUGAGUCCCGCAUGGAGGCCUGUCUAUGCUCUGCCCUUGCCCAUUCCCCUGGCGGGAGUGUUGUGAGCCCCACCAAAGCCCAUUAAAUAUCCGUUGCCUGCCUCCUACAACGACUCUCCUGCACUGUCUGUCCUGGGGGCCAGGGAACUUGGGGGUGAGGGGGGGCUCCAAGGGGCCGGGACAAAUGCCCUGGGAGAGAGGAGCCAGGGUCCCAUACUGGCUGGUUCUGCAACCUUGGUUAAGUCACUCAACACUUCUCUCAUCCUUAAAAUGGGGGGACCGUAAGGACCACAGCGGUGUAACAGAAAGCCCAGCAACCCCAGAGGUCCCAGGGAGGUCAGCCCCAGCGACGUCCCCGCCUCUGCCCUGCCGCACCCCUGUCUGGCUGCAGGGGGCGCCCGUCGCCUGGGAAUUCGCCAAGCUGGCCCAUCCCGUCUGGGAACACUGAAGCCUCCCCCAUGGGUUGGGCGGCACUCAGGCUGGGAGUGGCCCCCCACUUGCUGCCUCAUCCCUGGGAGGUGGAGGGGUAGUGGUGUUCUCCAUCACAGUACAAUUCUGCAGUCUUUCUUGCCAGCGGGUGUCACCCUGGUCGCUCUCUCCUGUUGGGGAGUCACAUGCUGAUUCUGGUCCUGUGCCUGGCGUGGGUCCCAGAGUCUGCAAGCCCCUGGGGGUUGUAAAGGGGUGCAGGGGUGAGUGGGGGGAGAGGAAAGCACCUCAAACUGUGGUUUCUUUCUGGAGGGCAGUGUGUGGCUUUGGGAAUAGAAAUGACGGCAACUUCCUGGCAGGCUCUCAGAGGAUAAAAUGAGGGGGCUCAGGCCAAACAUCAGGUACACAGUAGGCACACAAUGAAUGCAGCCGGUGUGGUUAUGGCUGUUUUCUCCACCCAACAGCUAACAGACCACCCAGCAUUUCUCCAAGGACCACUUUCUCAGGAUUACCUGGGUCCCCAGACCACUGAUUCAGAAUCUCUGGGAGGAGGGAGGGCAGGCAUCUCAGCCUAAAUUUUUGUCAAGCGACCCAUGUGAUCCUGCCUCCACCCCAGAAGUUUCAGAACUGUUAACCUGAGGAGGUUGAGGAAUGGCACCAGCCCCACUGCUUCCCGCCAACCUUGUAUCCAGGUGAAAUCAGGGUGUGGGGAAGGUGAGAGGAAGGGAUGUCACCAAAGGAUCAGAUGAACACCUCAGGGGCCUGUGGAAGGGUGUGCCUGUGUGCAUAUGGUCAUGCCUGGGGGUGGGAGUGGGUAGGAGCCCAUCCUUUGGGGGUGUCAGCCCAGCCUGGAGAGGUCAUGACUCCGGUUCUCUGUAUGUGGAGUCCCUCUCAGUGCUGCCCUUCCUUCUCACUCCCACCCGGAAUGUUUUUGCUCGACCUUAGGGGCUCUGGCACUUUCUCGUCCCCUUUGCUCUGGUCUUAGGGUCUCUCCAUCCGAAGCCCCGUCGGUGUUCAAGUCUUUUCUCAGCUCUCAUCCCUGCUUAACUCUGGUUCUUGGGCUUUGGGAGGGGUGAAGUGUACUCACUGGCAUAUGAAAAGGCAGCCUGGCUUUGGCUUUGUCGUAAAUGGCUCCUGUGGCCAUGUUUAAAACUCCUGUGCAAGUAAAGCUGGAGCAGACUUGUCUGUCUGGGAGGCCUGCAGUUCAUGGUUGUUGCAUGGUAAGGGGAAGAAGGCAUGAGGCCUUGUGAGCCCCCAACCCCAGGUGUGGAUGUGAAUCCAAAUCUGUGUUUGUCCGCUAUCUGGGUGGUUCCAGAGGGCACAGCUUGAGCCCAGGCUGCCCAGCAUCGAGGAGAGGCACAGCCCUGCUCCCAGAUGGGAGUUCUCAGGAUGGUCUGAGCCUGAGGCAGAGAGGAAGAGAAACCAGGAGCCUGGGCCAAGGCAUGGAUGGGGAGAUAUUCAGGGAGCUGGUUGGGCACCCAGUGUGCCUGCCUGGAGCCCCAGGUCCAUAGAGGGCUAAGAAGUUUGGACCCCAGGGUCUGGGGAGGCCUGGUUAUGCUUCACCCCACUGCCUGUCUCUCUGCUGCUCUGCCCAGCUCAGGGCCUGGUGGCUGGUCAUAAGGAAUGGACCUACUGGGUCCCUGCCUCCAGCUGUAUAGGGGACUCACCCACUGUCUGGCAGGGCCUUCCAAGUCUUAAGCCAAGUGUGGGUCAUCUCCUGGAAAGCCUGGGCCUCAAUUUCCCCACUGGACAAGGACAUAACUUUUCUCAGGUUCUUAAAGGUGGCCAUAACCCUUCCUACCCUGGGACAUAGAUUCUGGGUCUCUCUCAUCCCUCCUAAUCUGAGAUAUUUAGGAUUUCUUAGGGAAGCCUUUUAGAUCAGGCUUCUCUGCCCCUCAAGGGGAAGUGGACUUGGUUUCCCUUUCUUCUGACGCCCCCCUCCCCCGCCUCCACACACACCCUUCCCCUACCUUAGACCUGCCCUCAGAGUCUUUCCUUCAAGGCUGGAGACCUUGGCUGCCCAGCAUCCACCUUCCCUCUCUGCCCCCGCCCCAUUUUUGCUGAAACUGCCCUUGAUUCUCAGACACACCCCUUGGAGCCCUUGGCCCCCCGAUAAGAGCAGGGGUAUUAUCUGGGCCCAAUUAUGGGGCCAGCUCUCCACACACCCAAGAAGCCCUACCAUUCCUCCCUUCCCUGGACAGGAGCCAAGGAGUGACCUCCCACCCUUUCGGGUGCCAAGUACCCAUGUGUCUGGAGCCCCUCUGAGAUGUCCCCAUUCUACACUUGGAAACUGAUGGAGGGGUUCAGACCUGGGAUGGGAGUCCAGAAGCAGCCAACCUUUCCUCAUCUCCAAACCUUUCCUCCAUGGGCCUUCUAGAAGGUCAGGGUGUGUGGGGUGGGAAGAGCCCUGGGCUGGGUGUCCCUCAGCUCUGCUAUCAACUAAUACCCUAUAAGAGCGAGUCUUUUCCCUCUGUCUGGCUUCCUGUGACUGGUCUUUAAACAGGAUGAUCAUCAUGGCUACAUCACAGGGUUUGGUCACAAGAUCCUUACUCUUUAGAGCUGCAGGGGACUCAGGGGUCACCUUAUCCAGCUGCCCCUCCACCCCCAAUUUCACAAUGGGCACUAGAGAAGGAAAGGAUUGCCUAAGAUGACAUGGCGUCCAAGCCAGGCAGCAUUCUGUCUGUCUGUGGGGCUGCUUCUCCCGUUCCUGCUCCCAGAGACUAUUCCAAAGGAGCAAGGAGCUGGGCAGCCACCACCGGGCCCCACCUUCCAGCCCCCAAACCCCAGAGCCCAGCAGCACAUUUCAGCACAGGGCCUGGGGAGCCGAUAAGAAGGCCCCGCUUAACUGGGUGUCCAGUCCUGUGCUGGGAGUGAUAAUGCCGCCCAGCCCAGCCCUACCCACCCCACCCCACCCAAGAGGGCCCUGCUGGUGGGUAAGGGUGCGGUAGGGGCGGAUGGGGCAGAGGAGGUUGCCGCAGUGUAGGAUCAGGGCCCAGAAUCCUACCACGUCUCAGAGCCCAGACCCCUUGCUGGCUGACCUCCCGGGUACCUGGGUGGAGUGACUAGCACCCACGGGACACUCCACCUGUGCCCACAUCCUGCCCUUCAGUUCCUAUGCCUGGAGUGUACGGGGCUGAAGGUCUGCGGGGUACUGUCGUGGGGGACGAAAGCUUCACCAGCACCGCCCACAGCCUGGCCGGUGCGGGGGUUCCCACGUGCUUCUCUGGUCCCCACAACCCUCUGCAGUCGUCACGCUUGUUCUAGAGAUGAGGGAACCAGCACCAAGCCAACAAUCCAGCUCCUCGGGGUGACACCUCUUCUAAGUGGCCGAGCCAAACCCCUGUCAGCCUCUCCCAUUGCACUGUGCUGCUCUAGGCAGUUCUCUAUGAUUUCAGCUUGUUCCAGAAGUCCCCCUCAUCUGUGGGGAUCUGCUCUGAGCCCCCCAGUGGAGGCCUGAGACCACGGUCAGCACUGAGACCCAUAUACACCACAGUGACAUUUAAUGUAUAAAUGAGCUACAGCAAGAGAUGAACAACUAAAAAUAAACUGGAACAAUUCUAGCUGCCUCCUUAAUCAAAGGUAUGAGUGUGGUCUCCAUCCACCUUCCAGUGUGAGAUGUAAAAGUCCUGUGUGAUGAGGUGAGGUGAGGGAAUGACGUCACACCGUGACCCAUGACGUCGUGGUAGGCUACCAUGGGCCUCCUGACAUUACCUCAGAAGGAGGCUGCUCUGGUCGUCAAGGGAACAGCAGGCUGACCACCCAAAGGUUUGGCCUUUCCACACAGUGAGGGAGUUUCCUCUUAAGAAAACAUAAUGUUGGGACACCUGGGUGGCUCAGUUGGUUAAGCAUCUGCCUUCGGCUCAGGUCAUGACCCCAGAGUCCUGGGAUCGAGUCCCCAUCGGGCUCCUUGCUCAGCCGGGAACCUGCUUCUUGCUCUUCUGCCCACAGCUCUCUGUGCUCCUACUCUCUCUG